AUGGAUAAAUCAGAUUCUUCAUCUUUAAGUGAUUUCGAUUUAAGCUUUAUAACAAAUAGAUCUUCAUAUAACUUAAAAUCAGAAUCAUCCAAUCUUUUAGCAUCUCUUUAUAACGAUUUUAUAAAUUUGACAACUGAUUCAAUUGAAGAUAUAAGUUCAAAAGUUAUCUCUUCAGAUACUAUGAACUUAUCAAAUAUUUCAACUAAUACUACUAGUUCAACAAUUAUUUCAAAUAAAGAUUUUUCUGACAAUGAGAUUCCAGAAAUAGAAAUUAUUCAAUAUAAUACUGGCAAAGGUGGUGGGAAAAAAGUUGUUUAA